AGUGGCACUCGCGCCCGAGGUGGCAUAUUACUUAGCUUCGGAGGGCAGCGGGGCAAAGACCGUCUUCUACGCUUAGCCUCAAAUAUCCACCUUCCGCGCGCUUCGAAUCGUAUUCACCUUCAGCUCAGCCACAAGCAGACUUUCCUUUCACCCCCAUCGACACUAAUAGCAGCCUUCCGUCCUUUAUUCUCACUCAGUCUUACUCCCUGCCCGUAUCCUGAACAUGGCAUACGCGUACUAUCAGUCCAGUGCCCCCCGAUGGGGCACGCAAGAUUUCCAGUUCACGCAUCCUCCGAUGCCUAGAUGGCAGCCGCAACCACACUGGAGUGGCAUGGAUUACUAUCGCGCCCAUGCAGCAUAUGACGACCCCGGGCUCUUCCAAUCCGUCAUGGGGCGUCUCGCUGUCGCGAUCGGCAGUGGAUUUCAUGAGGCGAGGCACUGGCAUCGCCGUGUGUAUAGUGGACAGGUGAAUCUCGCCCAAGUGCUCCCGACCGAAUUGGGAAGUGCCGCGGCGUACGAGGCGUACCGGCACUGGAAAUACAAUCACCCGCUUUAUGAAUCGCUUGACGGUGAUCGCGAGCGAGAAAGGGAUGCGAUGAUGGGCAUGGCCGUGGCGGAAGCAACACACCUCUGGCAGUACACCGGCCGUCCGUUCGACAACAUUAGCCUGCGGGAAAUGUGCGAGACUGCUGCCGCGACCGCCUCGCAGAUCGCCGACCGGGUGUCAGGCUACGAUGGCGAUUACAGCGACUACGACGCAGGGUAUUCCCAAUCGGGGUACAACCAGCCGGACUAUCACCGCUCGCGCUACGACGACGGCCACGCGCACGGGCAUAGGGGACAGCGCACGCUCCGCCGCUGGUCCUCCGCCAACUCGAUGAACGGCGCAUAUCUCUCCGGGGCACCCGCGUACAACGGUGCCAGCCCAUACAACGGUGCCAGCCCAUAUAACGGUGCCGCCCCGUACAACGGUGCCAGCCCAUACAACGGUGCUAGCCCGUAUAACGGUGCCACUCCAUACAACGUCGCACCCGGUGUACUCCCUCAAGUCGCGCAAUCGGUUACACCCGGGUUCGCUCUGCCAGCCGGCGGGACUGCAGGCUAUAUACCGGGCGCUCCGCCCACGUACGGCGUGCAGCCCGCGCAGUACGGCACCUACCAGGCAGGCUAUCCCGCCGCCGGCGGUAUGGUCGCUCGUUCGGUCACUCCGAACGCGUAUGGCGGGGCGUACGCCCCGGGCGUGGCCACACAGGGCUAUGGUGCAGCGGGCUAUGGCGGGUAUCCUAGUCAGAUCCCCGCUGGUUCGACGAUCAUCCUCCAUCAGCAUCAGCCUAAGCACCAUCACCACCACCGCGCGCGCAGUGUGAGCUUCAGCAGCCACCGCUGAGCUCGUUCGAUUUCCUCUCCCAAUCCAAGUCGUCAUUUGUUGUAAGGCUGUAAGAUACCAUGGCAAGAUUCGAUUCCAAUAUGUGUUGUGUAUCUCUCGAAGCGCUGUAUCGUAUUCACCUCCCUGUAGGCUCUGUUGUAACUUGUAUGUACGAACAUAAUUUUGGUAUAAUUACGAAUCGUAGUUCAACAGCUUC